AUGGCUGAAAUCAAGCACGUUCUGGUCGUUGGGGCCAGUGGCAAUGUCGGCAGAGCAGCAAUCAACGCCUUGCUGGAGCACAAAUUCCACGUCACUGCCCUCACUCGGGAGUUAUCCAACGCUACGUUCGCAGCGAGCGUGAAGCACCUCAAAUCCGAUUACUCUGAAGCCUCGCUGGUGGAGGCGUUCACAGGCCAAGACGCUGUAAUCAGCACCAUGUCUAGUGUGUCACCCGGAGGUGCACUAGCAUCCCAGAGGUCACUCAUCGAUGCAGCCAUCGCGGCGAGAGUGAAGGUCUUUUGUCCCUCCGAAUUUGGCAUCGAUAGCUCUGAUCGCUCUGCAUCCACGUACAUCCCGUUCCUCGCUGACAAGAUCGACACGGUUGACUACCUCAAAUCCCAAGAGGACAAGAUCUCAUGGACGGCCGUCAUCACGGGCUGCAUGUUCGACUGGGGAUUGAACAUUCCCGGCUUCGCGGGCUGGAAUAUCCCCGCCCGCACGGUGACCAUUUUCGACGGUGGUGAUAUCCCCUUUGAGGCCACAAACAUCGAUCAAGUCGGAAAAGCGUUGGCGAAGUGUCUGGUACACGCGGAUCUCACCCAGAACCAAUAUGUCUACGUCAAUAGCUUUACUACCACCCAGAACGAGAUUCUCCAGGCGCUUGAGCAAGUGACCGGCGAAAGCAUCAUGACUUCGGAGGGCACUGUGGAUGAGUUGUGGAAUGACGGAGCUGCCAAGGUGAAGGAAGGUCAAGGGCUAGGUGUGUUGGGAAUGAUUGCGGGAGCCAUCUAUGGCAAGGGGAACCUGGCUCGGUUUUCUUCCAAAGGGCUGUGGAACGAGAAGCUAGGGCUGCCACAAGAGGAUCUAACUGAGUUCUUACGAAAAUAUGUGACAGCGCAGUAG